UGAAAAAUAUCCUUCACAAACAAUUGGAUCCACCCUUCAUGCCAUGGAAGUCCAAUCUUCCUUCCUAGUUAUUACCUUCCUCCUCUCACUCUUAAUGCUUUGGCUUGCAAAGAACUUCAAGGCAAAGAAUCUGCAUAAACUUCCACCAGGGCCAUGGAAGUUACCUCUCAUAGGGAACCUGCAUCAACUAGCAGCAGCAAGCUCACUUCCUCAUCGUGCUCUCCAUGAACUAGCCCAAAGAUAUGGACCGCUGAUGCACCUACAACUAGGUGAGAUUUCUGCAGUGAUUAUAUCAUCCCCAAACAUGGCCAAGGAAAUAAUGAAAACACAUGAUCUUGCCUUUGCUCAGAGGCCAGCAUUUCUUUCUUCUGAUAUUUUAGGCUAUGGAUCACAAGACAUAGCAUUUGCUCCAUACGGUGAUUAUUGGAGACAAAUGAGGAAAAUAUGUACGUUGGAGCUUCUAAGUGCCAAGAGGGUCCAGUCUUUCUCCCAUAUUAGAGAAGAUGAGGUAGCUAUACUCAUAGAAACAAUUCAAUCAUCUGCAGGUGCACCAGUCAAUCUUACUAGCAUGAUUAACUCUUUCAUAAGUAACUUUGUUUCUAGAGCAGCAUUUGGUAACAUAUCUGAAGACCAUGAAGAAUUUUUAUUGAUGGUAAAAGAAGCAAUAGAAUUGGCAGAUGGCUUUGAUCUUGCUGAUCUGUUUCCUUCUUUGAAACCUAUGCAUCUCAUAACUGGGAUGAAAGCCAAAUUGGAGAAUAUCCAUAAGAAGCUCGACAACAUCUUAGAGAAGAUUGUAAAGGAGAAUCAAGUUAAGCAGAUGAGAGCAAACAAAGGCACGAGAGAAGAAAAGAACGAAAAUCUUGUUGAGGUUCUUUUAAGAGUCCUGCAGAGUGGAAGCCUUGAGACCCCAAUUACAAUCAACAAUGUCAAAGCUGUGAUUUGGGAUAUAUUUGCUGCUGGAACGGAUACUUCAACAACAGUACUGGGGUGGACUAUGUCAGAAAUGAUGAGAAACACAAGAGUAAGAGAGAGGGCACAAGCUGAGAUUAGACAAACUUUGAGAGGAAAAGAAACAAUCCAUGAGACAGACAUAGGGGAACUUAGUUACUUAAAGGCAGUAAUAAGAGAAACCUUGAGGUUACACCCACCACUUCCUUUGUUGCUUCCAAGAGAAUCCAGGGAAGCAUGCAGGAUCGGUGGAUAUGAAUUACCCACUAAGACUAAAGUGAUGGUAAACGCGUGGGCACUUGGAAGAGAUCCUGAGUACUGGUAUGAUCCUGAGAGCUUUAAACCAGAAAGGUUUAAUGAUAAUUGUAUUGAUUUCAAAGGGACAAACUUCGAGUAUAUCCCUUUUGGGGCAGGAAGAAGAAUAUGUCCUGGCAUUUCAUUCGGAUUAGCCAAUGUUGAGUUUGCUCUAGCCAAAUUACUCUACCACUUCAACUGGGAACUCCCACAAGGAAUGAAACCAGAGGACUUGGAUAUGGAUGAAGGAUUUGGAGCUGUGGUUGGAAGGAAAAACAACCUUUGCUUGAUUCCCACUCCUUACAAUCCUUCAAUUCUUGAUAAUGCCAAAUGA